GAUCCAUAUUAAUUUGUGGAGAAAGUGGAGGCAUGGAGUAAUUGCUUUGGAUUUUUCCAUCAUUGAAGUUCAUCGACCUUGAUAAAAUAACACCUGACAAUGCUAUAUAUAUCAACUAUACAUUAUCUAAAUUAGAUUAGUAACUCAAGAAAAUUUUCAUAAGCAUCGUGAAUUUUGUUACAACAUUAAAUAUGAACAGUGUGAAGACGAAUAAAUGCCACGUGCUUGGCAGGGUGAAUUAUUGUGAAGAUAAUGUGGAUCCAUUUGAUGAUUUAUGUUUAUUUACGCCACAAGAAAUAGCUAACAUGGAUUUUACACAGAUGAUGGAUAUUGAUGAUGCUGUUCCUGAAGUUAAUAAUCAAGGAAUACAGGCCGAAGAUUUAAGUAGUUUAUUAGAGCAGUUUGAAGCUACUGAAUCAACUGAUGAAAUACUUACAGAAUCAAGUGAAGAAAAUAUACUUAAGUCUGGGAAUGACUCGGAUACUGAAAACCAGAAUCCAGAAAAAUCUAUAAGCAGUGAAAACCACCCUUCAGCCAAAUCAGGUGAAGCAUCACCUGUUGUACCUUCUAAAGUUCUUGACAAGAUACGAGCUGGUAAAGCUAACAAACGUAAAGCCACCAUAAUGUUACCACUGGGUAUUCCGUCUAAGAAAGGUAGAGGACCACCAACAGAGCUCCCCAUCUCUGGUGGUUCCAUGAAGCUGCAGCGUAUAAUUAAACAAAAUAGUACUACAAAAUCUGAUGAGCAACUAGUUAGCGAACAGACUGUCCAAGAUGUUACAAUUGAUCAUGAUUAUUGUUCGAGUCCCUCUAUUAGUAGUACCCCAACUCCAGCUCGCUCACCGACAUCAGAUAAUCACGUGCAAAUAGAUAUUGUUAAUGUUGAUCAUGAACAGAUAGUUCAUACUGAAGGAUUUAGUAAUUGUGUAAGUGGAAGUAUGUCUAGUUUAGGUAGUGUGACUGAUUCUGUCGAUAUGACGGUUAGUGUUAGUCAGGAAAGUAAAGACAGUGGCGUGGAAGAAGGGGAGAUAAUCGAUUCGGAUCAUAAUAUUAGUGUUGAAGAAAGUAUGGAAAACCCUGCGAAAGAAACUGUGUUUUUCCCUUGUCCUAGAAAUUUAAAAUCAAAGCGUAAUUAUAGAAAACGUGAAGAGCCUAUGGUGCCCGACGCUAGUAAAUUUUAUGAUAAAAUUCCUGCGUAUUUCACAACACUAUCGUUACCUCAAAAACCGCCCAAGAAAGAAAAGACUGUGGGAGGAUCAGGGAUUACUAUAGAGGAUUACAUACCCCGUGAUAGAUCCCCGACUCGAGAGAUGGAUACACUUUAUAGUAAACUACCCGACUAUUAUAGUUGCUUUACGAACAGUACUAGAUACGACGGACAGGAAGAAGAGGUGGCAGAAAUACAAAUAAAAACUGAACCAAUGGAUGAAUUUGAUAAUGAACAUAAUAAAAGACCUAGUUCAAGACCUUCAUCUAGAAGAACGUCGCGAUCACGUUCUUAUUCUAGCUCCUCUUCCUCAUCAUCAUCUUGUAGUUCCGGUUCUAGAUCACAUUCUCGUUCCUCAUCUCGAGGCAGAUCGCGUGACAGAUAUCGUAGGUCUCGAAGGAGACGUAGAAGACAUUCUUGUUCAUCAAGUUCCAGAUCUUCCAGUAGAUCAAGAUCCAGUUGUUAUUCCAGUUCGCGUUCUCGCUCACGUUCAAAAUCACGUCCUAGGCAGUACAGAUCUAGAUCCAGAUCAAGAGCACGCACUUACCGCUCACGUUCUAGACACCAUUCACGUCAUAGACAUAGGUCCUAUUCAAGGUCUCGAUCCAGGGACAGAAGCACAGAGAGAAUAAAACUGGCAAGAAAAAAAAGAAAGGAAGAGGAGAAAGAAAGACAAAUUAGAGAACGUAGAAUAGUGUAUGUAGGUCGUAUACCAGAUACCUAUACUAAAAGAGAUUUAAAGAAACGAUUUGAUAGAUUUGGUGAAAUAGAAAAUGUCAGUACACAUUUUAGAGAAGCUGGAGAUAAUUAUGGGUUUGUGACAUUUGCCUAUACCUGUGAUGCUUAUGCUGCUAUUGAAAAAGGUAAUGCUGUACCAGGUGAAUUACAGUUUGAGUUAUGUUUUGGUGGCAGAAGACAAUUCUGUGAUACAGAAUAUGCUGAUUUAGAUGGUAAAGCAGAUGAUGAAGAUAUGUUUCAGCCAAUGCAACCCAAAGCACCAGUUUCAGACUUUGAUGAAUUACUUAGACAAGCUUUGAAAAAGAAAAAGUGAUUGUGCCAUGAUGUUGAAGCUAAAAUGUAUGUGCUGUGAUUUUUGAAUUGCUAUUGAGUAAAACUGUGUGCGAUAUGAGUGUGCUAAUUUUGAACCAAUUCCUUUUUAUAAGUUGAAUGUGCUAACAAGUUGGAUGUGGUGCCGGAUACCUAUCUGUGUCUAUUUUGACAGUUGCGUGAAAAACACAAAACCACAGCUUUCUGCGUGCGACAAUCUGAGAUGGAGGAAGAGGGGGGCAUUUAUUGUUACUAUCGACAUGGAUUCUAAUAAUUUUUAUAGGCAAUAAGUUCAUAUUGUAUGUACUAAUGAUUUUCUUUUUGGGCGAUAAAUCAAUUUAAGAUUUUUCAUGUACUUUGUAUAUAUAGCCUAUAUAUAUUGUUCAGUAAUACCUUUGUUUAAAUGAUUUAUUAUUUACUAAGAUAAUACUAUUUACUAAGUUUUGAGCAUCAUUAUUUAAUUAUGUAGUUUACUAAAUGAACAAUUAAUUUUUUUUCGAACCUCAUUAUUUAUGUUACAUGCAUUACUUUAUAUUUAAAUUAUUUUGGCAUUUUGAACAAUGGAAGAUAAUUUUAUAUUUUUGUCUCAUUGUUUUUGCACCAGUCUAGUAUGCCAACAUUCUUCAUGCUUUGUUAUCUGUGUUCGAUCUGCCAUAUAUCAACAGGGAAUUAUCUGAUAGGUCAUCAGAAAGUAUAAUUAUAAUGUGUAUCAGGUGUCCGUAGUACAAGAAGAAACCAUGUUCAAAUGACAAAAAUGUCUAGUUUUUUUCCUCAGAUGAUGGUGUGGAACUCUACAUAGUAUAAAUCUCUUUAUUUUCUCAGGUAAAAAGUUGCAUUGAAAUACGCAAUGUUAUGUAUGUUUAUUGUAAUUGUGUAUCUGUUAAAAUAUUACAUGUUUAUAAAAGAAAAGCCCUAUUUUGUCGUAAAAAAAAUUUGAUUACAAGUGUUGUGGGUAAUAUGAGGGAUGAUGCCCUUUUUGUAGCUAUAGGUGACAUAAGUAAUUUCUUUUUGAGGGAUUCACAUAGUUAAUCCUGGCUGUUGUGUAAAAAGUGGAAUAAAUGUUGAGAUAUAAAUAAAUCCUGGUCAAAAGUUGUUAUAUGACCAGGGUAACGAUGAAAUGAAAUUUAAAUUUAUUUAAUGAUGGUAUAAUAUGGAAAUAAUAAUUUAAUGUGAUUGAUAAUGAAUUGUUAUUGGUUUAAGUUUUGUUUCUGUUUUUUUUGUCCCCCACCUUUCGAAGAAAGCAGGGGACUAUUAAAAUGGGUUCGUCCGUCUGUCUGUCCGUCACACUUUUUGGGACACAAUAACUCUCUUCCUAAUUGAGCUAGAAUGUUCAAACUUGGUGUAUGUGUUUAUUAGGUCAAUGCCUUGAUGGAGUUCGAAGAUGAGCAUUUUCCGCUUAGGGUAAGCAGAGAUAAGCAAUUUGAUUGGUUGAUACUUUGGGGCACGAUAACUCUCUUCCUAAUUGAGCUAGAAUGUUCAAACUUGGUGUAUGUGUUGAUUAGGUCAAUGCCUUGAUGGAGUUCGAAGAUGAGCAUUUUCCGCUUAGGGUAAGCAGAGAUAAGCAAUUUGAUUGGUUGAUGCUUUGGGACACGAUAACUUUAGUUCUAAUUAAGUGAGAUUGAUGAAACUUGGUGUAUAGUUUCAUUACAGUAAUACCUUGACUAAGUUUGAUAAUGAGCAUUUUCUGCUCAGGGUAAGCAGAGCGAUACGCAAUUUGAUUGGUCGAGACUUUGGAAAACAAUAACUCUCCUACUUUGAUUGUUAGACUAUAAGUAAAGAUAUACUGUUUGAUUGUUCAAUACUUUGUAAAAGAUAAUUUGUGAUAAAUUUAUAUGUGUCCUCUAAUUAUUUUCCUAUUUCGGCGGGGGACAUCAGCCUCACUGUUGGCUUGUUUUUUCUGGAUGGAAAACUGUAAAGCAUCCAAUUAUGUGCACAUAUAUGCUAGAAAUAAUAUGAUCCUCAGAUGCAUUUUGAUUAAGUUGCAUUUUUGCAUACAUUGUAAUGUUGUAGAAGUGUAAUCAAGGGCAUAUCUAACCUUAACGGCAAAAUGAGUUGAAAGUUACAAGUCAUUGUGUUACUAUGUGAUAAAUGUUAAAAUAGGUCAAGUAUAUUAUUUUCAUGAUAUAAGGUAAAAGUUUAAAUCAAAGAAAAUAUUUAUAUUGAUCUGGCCCCGAUUUCACAAAGCAUUCUCAGACUUAAGUUGAGAAUUUACUCAAACUUGUUUUAACUAAAAUAUUGCCCUUUAUAAAACUUUUGUUGUUUUAAUGUAUCAAGUACAUCAAUAAGAAAGUUUUGUGUUUCUGGAUCAAAGAUAUUUCUCAUAAACAGUGAUUAAAAGUUGUGCAAAUUCUUAACUUAAGUCUGAGAAUGCUUUGUGAACUUGGGCCCAGGUACCCUAUUUGUACAUUUCCGUACAUAUACUUAAACAGUUACUGGCGACUUACAACUCAUUUUGCUGUCAACUAGUCAAUAUUCUUUAGUCCUAUCAGCCACAAAAAUAGAUUUUCUUUGUGAAAGGAUGAUUUCGCAUCUUAAAGUUCUAAAUAAAGAUAUCUUGCUUUACAGUGUAUUUGUUGCUAAUGAUACAGUACAAAAUGUAUUGUUAUUGAAUGAUGUGUAACUGGAUUGUUCUUGAGUCAUGUGUAUUAAACUGCCUUACAAGUGUUGAAGGCACUACUGUUUGCUCUGCUACUACACCUUUAUUUUGAGGAGAAACCUUAUCAUGUUCUAUUUUUUAUUUGCAACAAGAUAAAUUGUCAAAUUAAACAUA